AGCUGCUUCCAGUAAACGCCACACACCUUCACCAUGGUUUGAAUGAUAUCCUUAGCUGACAUCAGUAUUGGCUAUGUUGGUCCUUAAUUAUUCACAUGAGAGUUCUGGUUCUGAUACCAGUUUGGUAAAGAAAUCAUUAAAUCUGGCUGGUGCUUGAAGAGAGUUGGAUUAACAGGAAAGAAAAGAGACUUCUCUCUAGCCAGGAUGAAAGACACACAAGACAUUCAGGAAGCUUCAGAGGCUCUGCAGAGUGAAGUCCACAAGCAAGAAGAUAAAAUGGAGAAACAAGAACAAAGAGAAGACAAACUUGGAGCUUCCCCAGUGAAACAGCAAUCUUCAGUACAUUUUUACUCAAAGAUGUCAAGUUCUGAUACAACAACACCGCCAUCGUCAUGGUUAUUAUCUAAUGGAAUUCCUCUUGGUUACCCUCUGUCUAGUCCUCAGACUAGUGAAGUAGUUGCAUCAACAACUGGACCAGUGACUUCUAAAGCUACUAUAAGCUGCUGUUCCCAAGCAGAAAACAACUCUGUUCUAAAGAAACAGGCUGAGCCACCUGUGAUUGGGGAAGGAGAGGAUUAUUUCCAUUCUUUGUUUGGUGAUUCAAAGAAACUUACUGCACACUCAAGGCAUGCCGAAAAAACUUAUAAACACUUUUCUAUGAUUCUUGAAGAAGCUGGCCAGUAUACAUCCAGUUCUCUUGGAGACAUUAAAAUAGCUGAAGUGAAUACCAGGGGUUUGUUUGUAAAGCUUGUUAACACUUCCCUUGACAAAGAGCUGACAAUUGGAGAUCACAUUCUCCAGCAAAAUGUGAAUGGACAAACAAUUUCUUUGUACCGAUUCCCUCCAAAUAUCAUAAUGCAGGCCAAUUCCACAGUAAAAGUGUGGGCAGCAGCAUCUGAAGCCAAGCAUCAGCCACCAUCAGAUUUUCUCUGGAAAGAACAAGACAAGUUUAGAACAAGUUCCGACUGUACAACAAUCCUGUGCAAACCUAAUGGUCAAGCUGUUACCUGGUACACACCUAUUCACUGGAAGCAAGCAUAUAAGAAAUUAGAGACUGACAUUGAAUUUGACAGAUGUUCAGUGGUCACUCCAUCGUUGCGAAGGCACAUGUUUCAAUGGACAGCUUCUACGACUACAAUGAGUAAAGAGAAACAAGAUCAACGUAAGAAAGAUAUCUCCAACUAUCAGGUGGAACAAACUCAAGGUUUUCUUAAGAGAGUAAAGGAAAUCCCACCCACUCUUUUUCCUAAUCGCAGUCCUUGGUGCCAGAGUCCCUAUGUCGCUGCACAUCCCUACUCUCCUCUUAUUGAACCAUAUAAUACAUGUACUACUGGAAGCAGUAUGGGUAGACAGCCCAGGUCUCAAUCAACCAGGCCUGAUCCAGCCCCAGGAGCAGCCAAAGCGUCCCAUGGACACAGAGACCCCCAGAGGCAGCAGAGCCCACGCUAG